AUGUCUCCCUCCGCCGCCGCAAAUCCCCUCCUCCUCCUCAUCGCCGCCGCGCUAGCCGCGCUGACGGCCGUUAAGCCGGCGGCGGCCGACACGAUCAGCUUCGAAUUGCACCACAAGUUCUCCGCUCGCGUGCAGGAGUGGACGGCGAGCCGCGGCGGCGGCGGCGGCGGAGACCUGCCGGCGAAGGGCACCGCCGAGUUCUACGCCGCGCUCGCCCAGCACGACCGCCGCCUCCACGGUCGCUUACUCGCGCCCUCCGACAACUCCUCCGCCGAGCUGCUCGCCUUCUCCCCAUACGGCAACGUAACAGCCAGAAUCGACAGUCUGGGAUCUUUGUACUAUGCAUUUUUGGAGGUAGGGACGCCGAAGCAGGAGUUCCUGGUGGCGCUGGACACCGGCAGUUAUCUCUUCUGGCUGCCAUGCGACUGCCUGCAGUGCGCCCCGAGCUACAACUCUUAUUUAAACCUGACCCUCAACACCUACAGCCCCGGCAAUUCCUCGACCAGCCAGUCGGUGCCCUGCAGCAGCAGCCUCUGCCAAGCCAGCUGCCCGGCUAACUCCAGUUGCCCGUACGAAAUGUUGUACGCGGACGGCAGCACCACUUCCGGAGUGCUCGUCGCCGAUACCUUGUACUUGAUGACGGAGGGCGGCGCAGCCCCUCUCUCCGUAGAACCGACCGUCGUAUUUGGGUGCGGAAUGAACCAGACCGGUGGUUUCCUCACGGCCGGAUUUGGCCUCUUUGGGCUCUCAAUCAAUUCACUCGCCGUGCCUAAUAUGUUGGCUAGCAACGGACUCAUUUCAAACUCAUUCUCCAUGUGCUUCUCGGAGGACCAUCUAGGCCGACUUGAUUUCGGCGACAAAGGCAGCCCGCAACAACAAGAAACUCCACUCGUAGGGAGGAAUUACUAUGCGAUCAAGAUAACGACAACGAUUGUGGGGAACACUACGAUUGCAAGACCGUUCACAGCCAUAGUCGACUCGGGCACUUCUUUCACCUACUUGGUCGAACCAAUAUACUCAAGUUUUACCAAAAGCUUCGAUUCGCAAGUACAGGAAAGAAGGAUCCCACCCAGCCAGGACCUGCUCUUUGAUUACUGCUAUUAUCUCAACCCAAAUCAAUCAACUAUUCGGGGUCCUAUCACUCUUUUUGUUACGGAGGGUGGAGGAAAUUUUCCUGUGCACGAUCCUAUUGUUUGGUUAAUCGACAAGCGAUCUUCUGCUCCUGUUGCUUAUUGCCUUGCAGUGUUUAGUACAUCCGAAGCAUUUAGUAUUAUAGGAGAGAAUUUCUUCACUGGCCUUCGCAUGGUCUUCGAUCGUGAAAGGAUGAUUUUAGGCUGGGAGAAUUCUGAUUGUUAUAAGAGCAUUGCAUCAUCGACUAUUUCACCUUCUUCUUCUCCACCAUCACCGUCGGCAAGGCCAUCUUCACCGCCAUCGUCCCCACUGACGCUGACAUCCUCACCGGGUAAUUCACCAUCAAGUCCAAUAGAACCGAGACUCAUCCAAGGCGGAGGUGGUUCGUGCUUGAGAGCCGGGAGGAGCAUGCUUCUCAUGGUGCCUAUUUUCUUUGUGGCAAUGGCACUCAUCUAAUAUGCUCAAUGCUUUGAUUGCUUAUCCAUUUGGUGAUUCAAGAUAGUU